UAGGUUUCAUAAUUGUUAGAAAACUCUCCGAGAUUAUCAUUUCCUGCCGACCGUGACAUGUUUUUCAUGCAACAGUGGUUACUUGGUGAGAGAACUCGGCUUCCCUCGAUCUAAAUUGGUCGAUUGCGUUAUUCAGGAUGAGUAACUCUUUCAAGAUUGAAAGCAUUAGGGAAAUCAGAAUCCAGAAUCACAAUAUGCUAUCAGAUAAUAAAAAGUGUCGCUGGAGUGUCCUUUGUAGGAAGACAACAAUCUUCACAAAGGUCCAUUUAAAAGCCAAGAUCUUGACGACGGCAACACCUGGAAUGACAGCAACGUUCUGAUGGGAAUCAUCACAAAAUGAUACCGAAUCACUGUAGCUAAAACCAUGGAGUGACAAGUAGAAGGCUCACUUAACGUCUGUGAAUCUACUGGGCAUGGUCCUACCCGAUAGACUGCAACAAAGGUUCGGUCCACAAACCAAGGGGAAUCUUAUUCUGAAAGGAGAAUGUUGAAGCCAACUGAAGAUGUAAAAGACGGAGUUAGACCAGAAAACAAUAGAUAUCACGACAGACGAACGGGCCUGAGGCGAAGAUGGGAUGCCAGUAAUGACCCUAGGUUACUGCAAUGUUCGCCGCCGAGACCAAUGCGUCGGGACGCUGGCGCUCAGGUCCCUUCCGAAAGUGCUGAAGUACAUCGAACUACCAAGUGUGUGAAAUUUAACAGCCAUACGUCAACGAGAACCAAUUGUUCAGACGUGAGCACUCAGGUUCCUUCUAAACCAAAGUUGCGGUCUACCCAUGCGAAAAAUAUCGCUUCACAGCCAGCAGCACGAAUUGCAGGUGGCAACGGUUGCAAUUGCUAUGUAUGCCCUUCAGUGGAAAAGCCAGACAUCUUUUGUUUACAUGGCUUGCACCAGAGAUAUAUGAGUCGUGAUUUCGAAGACUGUCAGGAAGAUCAUCUUCCAGCUGGGUACCGACGGUUCGUUGAACAUGACGACCUCUACCUGCCUCCAUGUGGGCCAACCAAUCCAGCUUCAAGAUGUCCUGACCAAAGUUGUUCGCCCACAGACUGUUGCCCUUGUGACUUGCGCUUGUAUGGUUCGGACCCCGCCUUUGCAGACAUCUAUUUGCCACCUUCAAGACCAUGCACUCCUGCCUUCCCUACAAGCCGCUGUGGUGCUUACCAGGAUCCCUGCAAUCCCUGUCCUCCUCCGUGUAGCCCCUGUCAUGUAAGAUCUGUGUCUCCAUGCGGGCCCAAAAUUGUUUGCUCCUGCCCAUCGUAUAUAAAGCAAUUGGCGCCCUGUCCUCCGCCAGCUUCAACCGACUACAGCUACCCGUCUUACAUAAAGAAGUCACCUAGUUGUUUCACUUCUCCAUGUGGUUCGCCUUCAUCUUCCCCUAUUUGCCCACCGAAACCAUUUUGUCAUACAGCAAGACAGCCUAGCGCAGUUUACAUAGAUGAGGUCCCUGCCCCUCCUACAGGCAAUCGCUACGUUGAUUGUCAAGAAUGUCUUUGUCACAAGGACUUGAGUACACGCAGCCUAUGCCCUUCGUCGACAAAGGUCAGCCCAUGCCGAGACUGCGUUUGCCAUUUGGGUCGAAGGAGUCCUUCCCAAGGUGUGCGUCAACUAAAGGGUGUCCUGACAAGAUGCCAGCCAGAGUUUGUAACUCCCUGCAAGAGCCGUAUCAAGCCAUCUUUGAGCCAAGGUCAAUGCUUAGAGUGCAGAUCACCCCACAGCUGCAAAGGCCCACCCAACUGCAAUCCGCACUACAUCGUGGAGACGCCCUUCAUUUCCAAUGCUUCAAGGUCUAGAUGUCCUUCGCCGAGUACAAGGCCAGGGUCCCCUGCAGGCGGUGGCAGGCGUGGUUCACCUGAACCAAGCUCAAGAUGUCCUUCGCCGAGCACAAGGCCAAGGUCCCCUGGCAGGCGUAGUUCACCUGAACCAAGCUCAAGAUGCCAGACUUGCGAUUGUCAUAAACCGAGAUGCCCUCCACAGCCACGUAGAGGAUCCAGCUCCUACAAAAGUCCGCCCCCGUCACGCCCACGAUGUACAACGCUGGCCUCCACUACCUUGCUCAAGUUUUGAAGUUGUUCACAACCCCGACUUUUGAGACCACAUCUCGAAGAUGUAAAAGUUUCCAACUAGAAUAAGCUGGAGAUCUCCAAAUUCUGGACGCACAUCUGCAAGUUUGGUCGGAGGUGAGAUGGUGCUGCUUCGGAUACCACACUAUGCAGCAGCUCAUUGCAGGUUGUUUGGAUUCUGAUCGUCAAUAAACAUCGUAAUAUGACGAAGGCGGAAAAGAGACAAAUAAGACAAUAGCCACGCAGGGAUUUAGAUAAUCUUCUUAGUACACGCACCGAUCGGUGAGCUUGGAACUCUCAGCCAGGAUUGCUUUUCACCAAGAAUUUAACUCCUCAGGAAGGACAUCGGAGAAAGUUCAACCUCUCCGGUCAGCAGUGAUGUCUCAGCAUUGUUGCUCUAAUUGCAAGUAAUCCGAACAUCGAUACGACCAUGAGCGACUAUCCUUUCUGCAAGCAUGCGGAUUCGAUUCGCUGUGGAAUGUGCCGAGGCUCUAUGCCAUCUUGCGUCAUCAAGGUACCUCUUGAGCUUGAAAGGUACCAUGCUCGUCAUUAAAUUGCAGCUUUGACAAGGGGAAUAAAACGGAGUUCACAGGCAUGGACUGAACCCCAGCACCUAGAAUACUUAAGAAGAAGCAAUGGUUUCUUCAGCAGACAAAUCUGGUCCGAAGUCGCUUUCAACAUCCAAACCCCAGCUUCUCAGUAGUCCUCAUGACUUCCUUACGCUUUAUCAGUACAUCCUCGUGAAAAGCACACCAGGGGGAGCAAUAUGAUUGACUGAACUCAAUCUCAUUUCCAGCGAUUGCAACACUUGUAACUUUGCAGAACGCAACAACGUUUUCGAAAUCAUCCUGGAUACGCUGUCCGAUGUCUCUAGUACUCAGAUUCUCUUCCGUCUCGUAGCCAGGUUCAAUCAAGUGAUCUGUUCGUUGCUCAUCGCGCGAGCCAUCGCUGCAUUGUGAUACACACACAGCGCGUACUGAAGUAAAGCAUGCACCCCACCGACUCUCAAUGAAUACCUACAUCGUACUGACGCUAGGUGAUCACCGACACAGCGCAUGGGAAAUUUGUUCAAUAGAAAUGCAGUUUUUAUUUCGUGAGAAAGUUGGUUGUGUGUUGUGGUCAUCACAACGUCUUAUCCAUGGGGUUGAUUGACAACGUUGCCAAGAUGGUGGUUACUUUGUUAUUAGAUAUUAACACGUGCAAUCGGCAAUUUGUUGAAUGCCGUGGGUGCAUUGUGUUUGAUCAUGUUACCAAUAAAGUUGUUAACACGAAGGUAACAAUGAAGUUGUUAACAUGUUUUUAAAUAUAUUUGCUGCAUAAUGAUAUUUGAUUAUUUGGUGCA